GGCAGCGCCACGGCCAGGAGGAAGCGGCCGCCACGAGCCCGACGGCGAUCUGAAACACAACUAAUUGUCACUUGCUGUGAUGCAGUAGUGCUAUAAAAUGGCUAAAAGAGUGGCAGAGAAGGAGCUGACUGACAGAAAUUGGGAUCAAGAAGAAGAAACGGAGGAGGUGGGAACUUUCUCAGUGGCCAGUGAGGAAGUUUUGAAGAACAGAUCAAUUAAGAAGGCAAAGCGUAGAAAUGUAGUGACUGAGUCAGAAGGUGGUGGAGCUUUUAAGGGAUUUAAAGGUUUCGUUUUACCUUCCGGGACUGGUGUUUUUUCUGGUUUCGGAAAUGGCCCCGGAACAAAAUCUUUUGGCGUCUUAUCCAAUGGUGGCGGCAGCUCCAGCAGCAUCACGCACAGCUCUUCGCUCCCCAGCUUAAAGACGGCUUCAGAAACAGAAUCUAUGUUUAGUUCGGUGGUCUCCAGCGCCUCAGCCAAUAGUGUUACCUUUGAGAAGACCUCUGCACGCCUGGAAGCCAAUGGCGAGAAUCCAGAGCCCUUGUCCUCGGGACUCACUCAGAGCAAAGCCUGCAACUCAGAGAGCUACCAUAAACAGUUGGCUGCCCUCAAUUGUUCUGUACGGGACUGGAUAGUCAAACACGUCAACGCCAACCCUCUCUGUGACCUGAGCCCCAUCUUCCACGACUACGAGAAAUACUUGGCGGAGAUAGAGCAACAGGGCCUGGCUGGCCACAGCAGCUCCGGAAGCAGCGGCGGCGGCGUGAAAGCCGCCGAAGCCCAGCCUCGUCCUGCCUUUGGGAGCUCGGCCCUUCCGCAGGGCUCCGGGUUUUUCUUUAACAGCAGCAAAUCGGAGGAUGCCCUCGGGAAGAAAAGAGAGCCGGAGAAGAAGAUAGAACUUAAAGCGGCGGCCGCCUCCACCGCCUUGUUCUCUUUUGACAAAAGUGACAGCUCUGAUCUGAGUUCAGGGACGGCCGGGUCUGGAUUCUCAUUUUCCCCUGGAAAAGGAGGUUUGUUCGGCAAAGAGGCAAGUCAAGCCAAGGUGGCUCCUUCCAUUUCCAAUAAUGCCUUAGACGCCCCGACUGAAAGCGGUAGCCAUGAACCAACAGGGGCUGGUGAAGAAGAGGAAGAGCCACCCAAAGUAGUUAUUAAUGAAGUGAAAGAAGAGGAUGCCUUUUACUCGAAGAAGUGCAAAGUCUUCUACAAGAAAGAUAACGAAUUCAAAGAAAAGGGAGUAGGAACGCUACAUUUAAAACCUGCCAGCAACCAGAAGACUCAGUUGUUAAUACGGGCAGAUACCAACUUAGGCAACAUAUUGCUGAACAUUUUGGUGCCUCCCAAGAUGCCAUGUUCAAGAACAGGGAAGAACAACGUUCUCAUUGUUUGUGUCCCAAACCCACCCAUAGACGAGAAGAAUGCCACAGUCCCUCUGCCAAUAUUGAUAAGGGUGAAAACAAGUGAAGAUGCAAAUGAGUUGCACAAAAUUUUGCUGGAGAAAAAAGAGGAGGUCUAAGGUUUGGUGUUUCCGACGCCACGUGGAAACACUGCCAAACUGCUGCUGGUCUUUCCCCCCCUUUGACUCUUAAGUAGUAAUUUUUUUAAACUCAUUUCUCUCAUACCUUAAGGACUGUCUUAGAAAUUCUGAAGGGCUCGAAUGAGGAAAAGAAAUUAAGGUGGCCAACAAAACCUGUAACAUUAGCAUGGAUCUUUUCUCCCUUCUAACUUGAAAUAUCUAGUGUGCAAACCAUCUGUCAAUAAAAAAACUUGUGUA